GCGCUGGGGGAGAAGGGUCAGUAGGUGGAGGCCUACAAGGACGGGUGACUGCACGUUGACACCAGGAACAGCCAACACAGCUGGAGCCCAUCAACUGUACUAAAUAUCUGUCUGAUCAGAUAAGACACAACAUCAAGACCCUGUAAAUCAAUUCGUAUACAGGCCGAACCACAAGACACCUCAACGGAGAUAUUCGAGUUCCACUCUUGGCUCGACUCCAUCCGAUGGAGGACCCCACCACCAUGAAGAGUCCCAUUAAGCAUGGUGUGCGUCGCGUGCACGUCCUGUGACUCACUCUCGGGCUGUGCGGAGAUUCACGAUCUGAUUGGCUGAGGAGCGCACCAGCUCUGAGUAGAGCAAAGGAUGCCAGAGUGCUCAGGCAGUGCAUGGACGGAUGCAGCCAGGGGGACGACGGCGAGACCCGGCACACACGUUGUUGUUGUUGUUGUGUAAUACUGCUGCUUUAAAACUUUAAAACAAUUAGAGUGUGAUGUUUUGGCUGCAUGUUGUAAAAUCCCUGUCAGUACCACCGACACAUCCUCUCGGGAGUGAUGGGUUCUAAGUUGACCAGGCGGAGAACUCUCGAUCUGGAAACUAAAGUGUCCAAAAGGAGCCGCCAGAGGAAUGACAACCCGGGAGAGAGAGAGACAAGUGGCGACAGAGGCGGCGGAGACUUCUUGUUUACCUCCUUGAUGCUCAAGUCCGACAAGCUCCCGGGGAUGCUGCGGAAAAACAACCACAGCCCUUAUGUCCGGCGGGUGGCGUGGAUCCGGGACAUCCAGAGGCUCCUCCGGGAGCAGAGGAUGGAGCAGGCAGCCGAAGUGCUCAAACUGCUGAGAAAGGAUUUGGGACUCCAGGGAACGUCACUCAAUGAAAUUUUGUACAAGAAUGCAGCUUUCCUCAACCUGGUGGACCCCAUUUCUCAUGAGCUGCUGCUCAGUCUUGCCCGGGACCUGCAGUGUCCAAAAAGGGAGACCGACUCGUUCAAGUCCACUAACAAGAUCUGCCGCCAGCUGAUUUACCACCUGACACCUCACUCCAAGUGGACGAGACAGAGCGUGCCCAGGAGGAAGUCUCAGGCCUGCCUGAAGACCACGCUGAAGAAGAAGCUGUCCGGUGAUGUGGUCAACCUGUCGGGCAUCCCGCUGUCUGGCCGAGACGUCCACCGCGUGGCCUUCUACCUGCAGAGAUGCAGCGACGCCGUGUCGGCCGUGGACCUGAGCUUCACCGAGCUCGAGGACGAGAGCUUGCGCCUGCUGCUGCCUUUCCUCGGCCGCCUGCCCAAACUGAACAUACUCGCCGUCAACGGCAACCGUCUGACGAUGGCCGUCCUGAAAGACCUGACGGACGCAGUGAAGGAUGCGAAGAAGUUCCCCAGCAUGGCCUGGGUCGACCUGGGCAACAAUGUGGAUAUCUUCACCGUGCCGCAGCCGCUGCUCGUGGCCCUGCGGCGGCGCUUCGGUUUACGCAGUAGCCUCCCCACCAUUUAUGAGUGCGGGGAGGCGCCGGCGUUCAGUGGCUACCGCCCAAACACGGAGACGUCUGUGGAGGAGCCCAGUCUGUGUGACGAGGGAGACGGAGAGGAAGAUAAUAAAGAGGAGGAGGACAGACUGGAGAUUCGGGCCUGGGGCUUUGGAGAAGAAAACACGUAAAAAUAAUGUGCCGCUGUACUUCUGUGGCAGGUGAUCGCCCAGAGCUGCUGCCCCUUCUAUCCCUCAGUAUCACCUUCAAAUAACUCUCAAAUAAGUAACUGUUGUAAUUCCCUAUGGAUACUCCGCCUACUGUGGAGUCUGUGGUUGGACAGACUGUAAGAAUUGAUCUCGGGAUGAGAUGACCUUCACUUCUCCAGGAGAAGUUGACCCCAACGUGUUUGCCGGUUCCCAGUGCGAUGUGUUCCUAACGUGUUGUGCUCUCACAACUCCAUGCUUCCCAUUACUUGCUAUUGUCCACUGGGGGUUCAGUGCCUUGCACAAAGGAAUCCACUAUAAUUUAAACUUCCAGCGCUGAUGCUCGGGUAAGUGUUGAUAUCCUGUUGCUGCAGCGGUGUAGAGAAAAAACUUAGGCAGACACACACAUGCAGACAACACACACAGUGUUCUGGCAGGAGCGGCCGAUGGACUGAUUGCUGCCUCUAUCGGGUCUUGUCAGGCCCCUUUAGUCUCAGAUGGGGAGCUCCGCAUCUAUUUGUCGCUCAGCAAAUAGAACUAGCCCCAGAUUAUUUCGUCCUCCACUGGUUUGUGACUGAUUCUAUUCAUGAAUCAGACCACGAGUCAAGAGAAAGGUGCCCACUCUGUUUUUUUAAAGGUGCACACAGACAAUGAAACGAUGACCAACAGCUCGGCUCUCAUCUUCUCUUCUGUGGAGCGACAGCGAGCACAUCCAUCUUUGAUGUGGCAUGAGUUUCUUUUCUCUGGUAGACGUAUAGAGCCCAUCCUGUUGUGUUUUAGAGCCAUGGGCAUGACUGUUUACUGGAGCGCAACGUAACGCAGACGGGGAGCAUGUUUACAUGUACGUUAAUGUUUCAUUACAUUUGCGAUUAUAUUUGGGGGGGAUUCGAUAAACAGUUGCUGCAUGUGAACAUCUGCCUCCAGAUGUUAAUGUGGUCUGUUCUCUUUCCAUGCUAUUAUUCAGGAAAUUAUGUUUGUUUACAGGGAUAAUAAUGAGUGUGUGUGUGUGUGUAGGACAUGCACAGUAAAUGACUACCUUUUUAAUUUACUCAUUUGCAUUUAAAAGGAAAACGUCCUUGAAUACAUAAGCUUUGUUUUCAUGGUGUGUUGAAAUAAGAAUAGUUCACCCACAUCCUAAAAUAAAUGUUUUAUCUAAUGUUUCAAACCAUCGAGCUUCAUUCACUGUCAGGAUAAAAUCAGCUGUACAUUUACGACAUUCUGAUUUGGGCUCAUUAAGUCAUGGUUCGCUUUUGAAGUAAAAGUUGUGUUUUCUGCUGUUGCUUGAAAAAUAAACACGG